AAAUUAGAGUUAGUAGGAGUUUGGUUUAAUGAUAAAAUUUAGAAAGGGAAAAAGAAAGAAGAAGAAAAAAGAAAGAAAUGAAAAGAAGUAAGCCUACCCUCAUCGGCCGUCUUCCUUUCUCUAUCAAAUAGCCGCCGACCCUCUUCUCAGGCGACACUCCAGCGGCCACACCCACCGAACGCCCAGCUCUGUAGUCGACGACGGUCUACGUUCACUCCGAACGGCUUCAGGAACAUUGUUUCUUCUUCGUUCGAGACUCCAGCGUGAACGAACAACAAGUUCUGGAUCACGUUUUCAACGACUGGGUGUGUGUUUCAGGCUGCGGCAGCGUUUUUGGCUUGGGGAUAAGUGUCACUCGUGGAAGUUCAAUAGGUGUUAAUCUUUGUCCAAGGAAGUGAAUUUUCAAGGAUUGUCUAUCGAGAUGGCAAAUCAGGUGAUAGUUUUAAAGGGUAGUUAGGGUGACUCGAUUCCGAAGCAGCCACCAAGCAGAGUCUAAGUAGAAUUUUCGUUCCCCUUGAUUAUUUGAUCUUUACAAACUCUUGUCUAAUUUGGUCAGUUUAGCCUUCUCGAUUCCCAUUGUCAGCCAUUUCUAUUUCCCAAUCUAGACAAUUUUUUCUUAACCUUUCUUACUUAUGAUUCUACAAAUUACUAGAAUCCCUCAUCGUUUCACCCAGAUUCGUGCUUUCAUUGAUGCAAAGGUCAAAUGGGUUAGAGAUCCAUACCUUGAUUUUGCAGUUCAAAGAGAGAAAAACCUCAAACAAGUAAUUUCCCUUAAGAAUAUGAUAAUUUCGAGUCCUUUAACAUCUGUUCCACUUUCUUCUUUCUUUUUGCUUAAACAGAACCUCAAAGUUCCCACUACCACCAUCUCCAAGUUCUUUGAGUUAUACCCUUCUGUUUUCAUCCAAUUCCAGCCUAGUCUUGGUCUCCAUCCUCAUGUCAAAAUCACCUCACAAGCUUUACUUCUCCACAAGGAAGAAUCAACCAUUCAUAACUCUCGACUGCAUAGAGAUGAUGUUGUGAAGAGGUUAGCAAAACUAUUGAUGCUCAUAGGGGCUGGAAAAUUUCCCCUAUAUGUUAUUGAGAGGUUGUAGUGGGAUUUGGGUUUACCCUAUAGGUUCAUUCCAACCCUUCUUGCUGAUUAUCCUGAAUAUUUUCAAGUUUGUAGUGUGAAAGACUGUUUAACAGGUGAACAAACUCUUGCAUUAGAGCUACUUUCUUGGAGGAAAGACCUUGCAGUCUCUGAAUUGAAGAAAAGGGAAUCUCUGGAAGGAAAUUUUGGGAGAAGGAAAAGAAAUCAUAUUCCAUUUCCAAUGAGUUUCCCGAGGGGUUUUGAUUUGCAAAAGAAAGUGAUGAAUUGGGUGGAGGAGUGGCAGGAUCUGCCUUACAUUUCGCCCUAUGAAAAUGCAUUCCAUCUAGCACCAAAUAGUGACCAAGCUGAGAAAUGGGCUGUGGCUGUUCUCCAUGAGUUGCUUUAUCUUACGAUCUCAAAGAAAACCGAAAAGGAGAACAUCUUCUGCUUGGGAGACUAUUUGGGGUUUGGUUCUAGGUUUAAGAAAGCCAUAGCUCAUCACCCAGGUAUAUUUUAUGUCUCAAACAAGAUUAGAACACAAACUGUAGUUCUUCGGGAGGCUUAUAAGAAGGAUUUUUUGGUAGAGAAGCACCCUUUGAUGGGGAUGAGGCAUCAGUACCUUCACCUUAUGAACAAAGUUAUAAGGAAACCUAGACCAGGUAUAUUAAAAGAUACAGGCUGUUACAAAAUUCUUCCCAAAUUUUUUAGUUGUGCAGUGGUCCAUCUUCUUCUGCUAUCCUCUGUAGCUUUCUGAGUUCUCUGACUAUAGCUCGACCUUUAAGCUGUUUAAGCUUUCUUAAGCUUUUCCAUAUAGAGGUUGAGCUAACUGAAUUUUCCUGUAACACUAAUAACAUUAAUCUUUGGCUUCACCUUUGUGUUGUAACAUGUUAUUACUACUCAGUGACUUCCAUUACAAUAUCUAUUAAUCUAACCUUCAUUGUUGGCUUAAGUUGUUCUGGUGUAAUAUGUCAGUAGUAUGUAAUUUUAGAGAAAGACCUUAAGGCAUGUAGGAAAAUAAUAGGAAGGCAAUUGUCAAUUGUGAAGUCAAGCACAUGAAUGUCUUGACUUUUGAGUAUGAGUAUUAUUGUAUUAUAUAAUACAGCAGGAGUGCCUUCAUUUUUCUUCUUUUUUUUAUGACUAACAAAAUUGCUCUUGA